GGCCCAGCCUCUCCGGCUUCAACAUGCGUGAGGCCGCGUCCAUCUACUGCACAGUGGUGGCCUGCUACCUGGUCAUCCUGCUGGCCGUGCUGCAGGGCUUGGCGACCCCUGAGAGCCCCUUCCCCUACCACAUCCCGCUGGACCCCAAGGGGACGCUGGAGCUCUCGUGGAACGUCAGCUACGCCCAGGAAGACAUCCACUUCCAGCUCCGCGUGCAUGGGCUCAGGGCUGGGGUCCUGUUCGGGAUGUCGGACCGCGGGGAGCUGGAGAAUGCCGACCUCGUUGUGCUCUGGACCGACGGCGACACGGCCUACUUCGCGGACGCCUGGAGUGACCAGAAGGGGCAGAUCCACCUGGAUCCCCAGCAGGACUACCAGCUGCUGCAGGCCCAGAGGACCCCAGAGGGCCUGACCUUGCUCUUCAAGAGGCCCUUUGGCACCUGUGACCCCAAGGAUUACCUCAUCGAGGAUGACACCGUCCACCUGGUUUAUGGGAUCCUGGAGGAGCCGUUCCGGUCGCUGGAGGCCAUCAACAUCUCGGGACUGCAGACAGGGCUGCAGAGGGUGCAGCUGCUGAAGCCCGACCUCCCCAUCCCGGCAGUGCCCUCCGACACACGCACCAUGGAGAUCCGCGCCCCCGAUGUCCAGGUGCCGGGCCAGGAGACCACCUACUGGUGCUACGUCACCGAGCUCCCGGCCGGCUUCUCCAAGCACCACAUUGUCAUGUACGAGCCCAUCGUCACGGAGGGCAACGAGGCCCUCGUGCACCACAUGGAGGUCUUCCAGUGCGCAGCCGCGUUCGAGAGCAUCCCCCACUUCAGCGGGCCCUGCGACUCCAAGAUGAAGCCCGACCGCCUCAACUUCUGCCGCCAUGUGCUGGCGGCCUGGGCCCUGGGCGCCAAGGCAUUCUACUACCCAGAGGAAGCCGGCCUGGCUUUUGGGGGCCCUGGGUCCUCCAGAUACCUCCGCCUGGAAGUUCACUACCACAACCCGCUGAAGCUGGAAGGCCGGCGCGACUCCUCAGGCAUCCGCCUGCACUACACGGCCUCACUGCGUCGCUUCGAUGCGGGCAUCAUGGAGCUGGGGCUGGUGUACACGCCCGUGAUGGCCAUCCCCCCACGGGAGAGCGCCUUCGUCCUCACCGGCUACUGCACAGACAAGUGCACCCAGCUGGCACUGCCGCCCUCCGGGGUCCACAUCUUCGCCUCUCAGCUCCACACGCACUUGACGGGGAGGAAGGUGGUCACCGUGCUGGCCCGCGAUGGCCGCGAGAGGGAGGUCGUGAACAGGGACAACCACUACAGCCCCCACUUCCAGGAGAUCCGUAUGUUGAGGAAGCUCGUGUCCGUCCACCCGGGGGAUGUGCUCAUCACUUCCUGCACCUACAAUACGGAGGACAGGAAGCUGGCCACUGUGGGCGGCUUUGGGAUCCUGGAGGAGAUGUGUGUCAACUACGUGCACUACUACCCCCAGACGCAGCUGGAGCUCUGCAAGAGUGCUGUGGACGAUGGCUUCCUGCAGAAGUACUUCCACCUGGUGAACAGGUUCAACAGCGAGGACGUCUGCACCUGCCCGCAGGCCUCCGUGCCUCAGCAGUUCGCCUCCGUGCCCUGGAACUCCUUCACCCGCGACACGCUCAAGGCCCUGUACGGCUUCGCGCCCAUCUCCAUGCACUGCAACAAGUCCUCCGCCGUCCGCUUCCAGGGCGAGUGGAACCUGCAGCCCCUGCCUGAGAUCACUGCCACACUAGAAGAGCCUGCCCCACAAUGCCCCCCUCGCCAGAGUCAGAGCCCCGCUGGCCCCGCCGUGGUCAGCUUUGGCAGGGGCAGAAGCUGAACGGGGUCUGCUCCUCACCCCUCCUCCAAGCUGCUCCCUCGGGCUCACGCCAGCUCUAUGUGAAGACCCCCAGGGGACAGCCCCAUGUGUCUGGCAUGACGAGGCCAGACCAGGCUCCUCUUGACACCUUGGCCCCACCUGAUGCCCCUGCAUGGCUGCAACGAUCCCAUGAGAGCCCCCUGUUGACCUAGCCUGGACUGGGUGGACCCGACCUCAUCUGCACCCAUUGGCUCUGUGUGAAGAUCCGGGGCAUGGCCAGCCCUGCCCCACCUCGCCAGCAGGGCCUGUCCUAGGACCGCAGCCGGGCGGCGGGCACAGACUCAGUGAGGGCGACUGUCGGUGUGCGGUGCCAGCCCUGUGUUUGAUUCUCUGCGAGCGGCUCGUGUCUCCUGGUGGGCGGCUUCCCUGCCAGCGGGGGCAGGACGGGCACUUAGCUAGUUAGAGACCUGCCUGGGGAAAUUGCUCCAUGCACAGUAAAUAGAUAUUUUCGCCCACCUAAAGGGAAACCCCAACAACUAUCUGCACCACCGAAAGGCGACAGCGAACCUCGGGGUGAGAGCUGGCGCAGCUCCCGGGGGAAGGGAAUUCCUCCAGUCAGGUUGCUUCUCCCGGGUGGACCUGGCGCUGAAUAGGCCAGGCUCUGGAGUCCUACCGAUUAAAAGAUCUG